AUGGAAAAUCUUACUUCUUUCACUUCCGAAUUUCUGCUGCUGGAAUUCUCCCGAGUCCAAGAACUACAGAUCCUACACUUCCUUGUGUUCCUAGCUUUGUACCUGACAGCCCUGAUGGGGAACCUUUUCAUCAUUGUGAUAAUAGCCAUUGACUAUCGCCUGCAUACUCCAAUGUACUUCUUCUUAAUGAACUUGGCCAUUUGUGAUCUUGGUACGAUUUGUGUCACUGUACCCAAAUCCAUGUUCAAUUCACUCAUGAACAGCAGGCUCAUUUCCUAUUCUGAAUGUGUUUCUCAAGUCUUCUUUCUCCUCUUUUUUGAAACCUCAGAUCUCAUCAUCUUGACAAUCAUGGCACAUGACCGGCAUGUUGCCAUUUGUAGUCCUUUACAAUAUGAAGUAAUUAUGAACAGAGAGGCCUGCAUUCAAAUGGUAGCAAUUGCAUGGGGUAUUAGUCUUCUUUAUGCCACACUGCACACAGGAACUACCUUUUCAGUGACCUUCUGUUCCAAUGCUGUUGAUCAAUUUUUCUGUGAGAUACCCAGACUUUUGAAACUUUCUUGCUCUAACCUUUACUUAGUGGAAGUAGGCUUUCUCGCACUGUGUGCAGGUGCAGUUAUUGGAUGUUUUUCCUUCAUUAUUGCAACUUACGUGAGGAUCUUCUCUGCAGUCUACAGAAUUCCUUCAGUACUGGCACAGCAGAAAGCCCUCUCCACUUGUCUCCCCCACCUCCUGGUAGUCUCUCUGCUUAUAUCCACUGGCCUCUUUGUCUACGCAAGACCCCCCAGUAAUAUUUCCUCUACUUUGGAUUUACUCCUUGCUGUUCUGUAUGCUAUAGUUCCUCCUAUGUUGAAUCCAUUCAUUUACAGCAUGAGAAACAAAGAGAUUCAGACUGCACUGUGGAGGUUACUGAAUCUUAAGCACUUUUCUAACACUACCCCCAGAUUAGUUACUAAUUGUUGA